CCAAACAACCUGAGAGAGAAACACAGUCUCAGAGAGCAGACAAACAUCACCCUGAACUCCUGAUUGUUAUCAUUUUCUUCUUUUUCUCUGCCAGCUGUCAACAAAAGAUUAUAGCCCCUCAUGUCGACUUCUUUCAUCCAAGUGGAGAAGCUACAUCCGACCCCUUUCGAGAUGGAGUACUUCGAUCAGUAUGAUUUCUACAGCCUGACGGACAGAUACAGCAGUGGCUCCUCACGUAAAGGCCGUUCCAAAAAAGAGGCAGAGGAUCAUACAAACCGUCCGAGUCCUGGUGGCCACGAACGUAAGAUAGUCUUGAAACUGCAACGCACUGAGCAGAAACGAAAAGGGACACCAUGCAAGAAAUGAAAAAUGCAGCUCUGAGUUUUGUCACAUUACUCAGGUUCUGGAUACAAUGGCAAUGUCGAUGUGGACACGGAGAUGGAAGAACGCCAUGCAACACAGUGGUUUCUUGUGUGAAGGAGGGAGGAACAAGGUCAACCACUUGCAUCAAAUGAGAGUGAAGGUGAAGACUGCCAAGAUGGCUGCAGCUCACCCCAAAAACUAGUGAGGAAGAGACUGCUGCAACAGCCAUUGCUCACACAUCAUGAAGGCCAACGGAAUGAUGCAUACUUAGGCUCAGGAAAAAAAAACUUGCCAAACCUUUCAGUUUGGGUUUGGGAUUUUAAAAUGGUAAACUACCUUGACAUAAUUUUUUUAAAUGAAGGGCAAUAUACAAAUGCAUCAAAUAAGAUAAAUUUCAAUAAUAGUGGAGGGAACCCUUCACCUGUUUAAAUUAGUGGCUCUUAUUAAUGUGUAAAAAGCCUUUGCUUCUUUCAAUUUGGGGAUGGGGGGAAUUGGGUUGGUGAUGUACUCUGAGUACUAAAAUUGGAAGAAUUAUUAUGGGUAAGAUCGAUUCAUACUAAGACUGCAUACAUGGCGAUCUGGAAAGCACCAGUAGUGGGGCAGGUCUGGGGAAAGCAUGUUAUGGGACAGAAGGAAAGGCAAUACAUUCAAAUCACACACACCAAACCAAUGUUAUUUUCUAUGCUAAAUAAAGAUGCUUAACUGUU